AUGACGGCGCUCAGGCGAUGCAUGGCCACGAUGGCGUCGUCGCGGGGGCUCAGGCAGGCGGGCAAGGUUGUCUGCAUCGGGCGCAACUACGCAGCACACAUUGCCGAGCUGGAAAACGCCAAGCCCAAGCAGCCCUUCUUCUUCCUCAAGCCGCCGUCGUCGAUGCUGUUGCCGGGCGAGGGCCCGUGUCUGCGGCCCAGGGGCGUCGACAUGCACUUUGAGGUGGAGCUCGCGCUCGUCAUGGGCAAGAUGGUGCGGGACUUGAGAGCCGAGGACAAGCAGGGUGCCAUGGGCGCCAUUGAGGCCUACGCCGUCGCCAUUGACAUGACGGCGCGCAACACGCAAGACGAGGCCAAGAAAAAGGGCCUGCCGUGGUCCAUUGCCAAGGGUUUCGACACCUUCCUGCCCAUGAGCCGGCCCAUCCCCAAGGCGGCGGUGGCGGACCCGCACGACGCGGACCUGUACCUCGACGUCAACGGGCAGGCGCGGCAGCGCGGGUCAACGGGCCUCAUGGUGUAUCGCAUCCCGCGCAUCCUCAGCGACAUCUCGCGCGUCAUGACGCUGCACCCGGGCGACAUUGUGCUGACGGGCACGCCGGCGGGCGUCGGGCCCGUGGCGCCGGGCGACGUGAUGCGCGCGGGCUUGCUGGUGGGCGGGCGCGAGGUGGCCGAGGGCCGCAUCGAGGUCCGCGUCGAGGAGUCGCCGUCGUCGUAUGUGUUUGCCGAGACGUGA